AGCUCGUUUAUUCAGUAACUUGUGAGCUUUUGUGCUGAUUUAUAUUGACACGACAACCAAAAAUGAAAAUAUUCGCUGUUAUAUUAGCUGUUUGCUUCGUGGGUGCUCUAGCCGAGCUCACUGAAGAACAGAAAGCUAAGCUCCGUGAAUUGAGAACAGCUUGUGUAACCGAAACUGGUGUUGAUGAGGCCAAUGUUGACUCAGCCAAGCAAGGCGUAUGGAAAAUGGACGACGUUAAACUUCGGUGUUUCUUCUUUUGCAUGAUGAAAAAAAUCAAAGUCAUGAAUGAGGAUGGAACUUUGAACGAAGAGAUGACUCGCAAGAGGAUGGCCAACGAUUUGCCAGCUGACAAAAUCGACGCUGUUAUGAUGAAAUGCAAAGACAUGAAGGGCGCUGACAUGUGCGAGACCGCCAUGAUGAUGAUGAAGUGUUACGCAGAAGAAAAAGCCUUCACUAAGAUUAUAACUGAAAAGAGCGCUUGAAUGAUUUAUUUUUUUUUCAUGUGACUACACGAUUCUGUCAAUGAAUUCAAAUGUAUAUCUUUAUUUUUUAUUUAUUUUAUAAGAUGUUAAUGGAUAAUAAAAAAGUAUCUCCCGACUUAAAA